AUGAUUGGAUCAAUUUAUAAAAUCGUUUGUAGUCAAAGUGAAAUUUGCUACAUUGGUUCUACUUUUAACUUACUAAAACAUCGUAUGAUUGGACAUCGGUCUCAAUUUAAACGAUGGGAUGAAGGCAAAACAACAAGCGAAUUUGCAAUCUAUCCAUACUUUCGAAAGUAUGGUCCAUACGAAUUCAAGAUUAUGUUGAUCAAGCAGUAUGAUGUUGCCGAUAGGCAUCAGCUGCACGCUUAUGAAACUCUAUGGAUCAAUAAAUUCAAGAAAACUUGCGUGAAUAAGGUUCCUCCGUUUGCACCACUGAAGCAGCGUAUGCAGAAAGAGACUGUGAAAAGGUAUUGGAAAGCCAAUAGAGAAGAGAUAAAUGAAAAAAACAAGCAAUACAACGAGCUUCAUAGAGACAGACUUGUUGAGAAGGUUAUCUGUGAAUGCGGCGGUCAUUAUCAAUAUAGAGGCAGAUCGUAUCACUUCAAAUCUCAAAAGCAUAUCAGAUGGAUGGAAGCUCAACAUGAGCGUUGA